AUGAGGGACUCCAGUCGUCUGAUAGGAGUAUCAUUGAUGCUGCGAGUGGGGGAGCACUGGCAAAUAAAGACACUGAGAGAAGCAUGGCUACUUAUCGAAGCUAUGGCAGAAAUUUCUCAACAGUUUGGCUUCCGCGACAGUAACCCUACCCGUAGGGUUAACGAGGUAGAGAAGUUGUUCAUUCAACAGCAGCUAUCAGAGUUAACAUCUUUUGUUCGACAAUUAGCUGUGGGGAACGUGCAUCAAGCAAAGGUCUGUGGAAUUUGCACAAACAUGGGCCAUCCCACUGAUUCAUGCCUUAUUUUGCAAGAGAAUGGGGCUGAACAAGUAAACAUGGCUAGAGGCGUGCCCACGCCUCGUAGGCAGUACGAUCCAUACUCGAACACGUAUAAUCUGGGUUGGAGAGACUACCCCAAUUUCAGCUAUGGGAACAGGCCACAGAGUUCAUUCUUAAAUCGUCCACCAGGAUUUCAGCAACCAUGGUUGGAAAAAACAAAGAAGGUGGAGAAGGAAAAAGAAAUCCUGGACGUGUUUCGUAAAGUGCAAGUAAACAUCCCCCUAUUGGACGCGAUCAAGCAGGUGCCCAAGUACGCAAAGUUCUUGAAGGACUUGUGCAUUAACAAAAGGAAGCUAAGGGGUGACGAGAGAGUGACGGUAGGAGAAAAUGUGUCUGCUAUAUUCCAAAGAAAACUCCCACCCAAAUGCGGGGAUUCAGGUAUGUUUACUAUUCCCUGUAAGAUUGGCCAUUCUAAUAUCGAAAAUGCCAUGCUAGAUUUAGGAGUUUCUAUUAAUCCGAUGCCUAAAUCAAUCUAUGAUUCCCUAAAUUUAGGACCUUUAAAAGAAACAGGGAUAAUAAUUCAAUUGGCUGAUCCUACAUUUGCUUAUCCGGAUGGGAUAGUUGAGAAUGUUUUAGUGCAAGUAGAUGGAUUAAUUUUUCCUGUUGAUUUUUAUGUGCUUUACAUGGAUGAUAGAAGUGCCUCAAAUUCAUCACCCAUUAUAUUAGGAAGGCCAUUUUUGAGUACUGCCCAGACUAAGAUUGAUGUUAGUUAG